AUGGUCAGCAAGUAUCGUCGUCUGCUCCAACACGAUACAAGUGAGGAGAAUGAAAACGGGGAAAUGGAAAAUACGAGGCAGCAACAAAAAAAGCAGACAAAUAUUCGCUCGUGUAAGGCCUCCGUGCGGGCCAGUGAUGAAGAUGAGGAUGACGAAAUCGUCCUAGACGAAUUGCAUGAGGAGGAAGAUGUGACGGAAGGAGAAGGGGGGCAGAAGAAAGUGAGCGAUGCUCACUCCGCAGGUGCUUCAGCAGACGCGGCGGCGCCCUCGGUUCGUAGGUUUGGGAAAGGACGAAAAGAAGUGGAUUCCGCGACACUCUCGGUAGGGGAUCAUGAGGAUGAGGUGGAUGUUAAGAGUGACCAAACUGCGUCAAGGGAAGGUUACGCGAGGAACAGCGUCGACGCAAAGGAUCAUAAAAAUAAGAAUAAAUUUGUUGUGGAUGGGAAAGAAGAAAAAGAGGACGAAGAUGAAGAGGAUGUGGAUGCCGGAGAGGACCAAGAAGAAGAUGAUGAUGACGAUGAUGCUAAUGCCAAGGACACUGCAAUAACGGGGGGUUGUGGCCCACGGUUGUAUUCCUGUGACGCCUGUCCGCAUGCCGUAUUCACCACGCACACUGCACUUCUCUCUCACGUGGAGGAGCGCCAUGCGGAGCUUGUGCCUGAUCACGCGCGUCUGCACCGCAUCGCCGAGAAAUUCAGCAAGGUCUGGUCGCGGGCUCUCAAGGCCCGCCGGGAUGCCAUUGCCUUGUGGGGUAAAAAAGUUUUUGCGGUUGCUGUUCAACGUGAUGCGGGUGAAGAAAAAAUGCAGGAGGCCCACAGAGCCCGUGCGCAGUUGGAGUUGGUCGUGCGCCGCUGGCACGAGAAGGCGCGUGUCUUCAUCUUUGGCAGCUCCGUCGCAAUGGGUGUGUGGGACGGUAUGGCGGACAUUGACUUUGCCGUUGUCGAUGUGGAGGCUUUGGAUGCCGGCAACUGGCCACCUCUUGAGAAGAAUGCUGUGCGGUCCAUAACGGAGUUGCUGCGGCGCGCAGGAUUUUCCUUUGUGAACCUUGAGCCCAUUAGCCACGCGCGGGUUCCGAUCAUCAAGCACCACGCAUCAUCUCCUAUCCUUACGGUAGCAAGAAAGGAUGCUGAAGAUAUUGUAGCUCGAAGUGUACGUUUUGUGUUGAACGCACCUGCCUCCAGGGAGGAUCGCGUGAUGUUAGAAGGGAGUGUGCGGGAUGCCGUGGGGCCAGCGGGUGUGCAGCAGGUGUGGUGGAAUCGCACAGGAGAUGUGAUGUCAAUGACACUGGAGAAUACAACAACGGCGAUUCGAGCAGCGAUAUGUUCCCCCGCGUUCGUGACUCCCACCCUGCGUGCAAAAGUACAGCCGGUGCAUGAUGAAUGUCGACCGGAGUUGUACAACGUUGACUUUGACCUCAGUUUUCGGGCCUUUGGAAUCCGCAACUCAAACCUGCUGCGUCAGUAUCUGAUGAGUCACCCAUGUGCACGACCAGGGGCUAUUGUGUUGAAGGACUGGAGCAAGACAAGUGGAGUAAAUAACUCUGUCAAUGGGUACUUUACGAGCUAUGCGGUCAACAUUAUGUGGAUUUAUUACCUCAUCCAGAAGAAAUACGUCCCAUACGUCGACCCACUUGAUAUACCCGCGUCGUUGAUAAAUGAAACGAAUUUUGAUCCCAAGUACAUCCCGAUGGUGGAUCCGACACUCACGCAGGAAGAAUUGGAUGUACUCUACCAGAAUGCCGGUAACAUGUUGGUGGGUUUUUUCUAUUUUUACUCCUUUGAAUUUGACUGGGAGCAUCACGUCAUCUCCCUGAAUCGGCCUGGCAUCACCACGAAGAAGAUGCUUGGGUGGCAUGUGGAGGAUGUCGUACCCCCAAUGUCUUCCUCACUGUCUGCAGGAGUUGGUGGUGGCGUCAACAGCAACACUGGCGGUGUGGGUGGGGGUGGCGCCGGUGCCACCACCAAGCGACACCCUACGCGGUACGAGUUGUGCAUUGAGGACCCGUACGAAGAAAACCUCAAUCUCGGCCGGCACAUUGGCAUAACGAAAUCACUGCGUGUACGCACGGAGCUUUACCGAGGACUUUUGUCUCUUUUAAAGGACGGGGAGAAGGAAUCGUGCGUCUUUGCAUCCACAGAUUUGGCGGAAUCGGCUGAUGCGACAGGGCCUCUUUCAUCCAAGCUCCCGGUGCGUGCCCUGUUUAGGCUGAUGGCACUGGCAACGCAGGCCAUUGCGGAGUCCAAACGUUUCUCCAGUAUGGAUAAUGCGAGCGGCGAUAUUGCGGGUGACGGUGAAGUCAUGACGUCCACAAGCACGGGCACCGCUGUUGGAUUGGCCCCAUCGUCACAAUCAAAGACGUCUUCCACGACGGGUAUGGUUGGUAGAGUCUCUGAGAAGCAGCUGGAGAACAUAUUUCUUGAAAAGGCGGCUUUAGAGUAUCAGCUCACGCGGAAGGUGUGGAACUGGCAGCAACUCAUCCACCGCCUAGGAUACAAGAUCCACCGCGGUCAAGUGUUGCCUCGACGGGAACUGGGCGUUCGUUGCAUCGCCAAACGGGACGCCGAUGAAUCGCUGAAUGACAUGCACGGCAGCAAGAAUCCGGCGGUACGUGGACAGGACUUAACCGAAAGCAUUUUACGCGACCUCAGUCGCGGUUUCAUGACACUCACACCCGAGUGGGUGGCGUGGUCCAAACCCUGGGCAAGUCAGCACCUGCGUGGUUACAGCCGGCUGACAACCACUGCGGAUCAUCUCGUUUCGGCGGAUGCCUCAGUGUCGACUUCAAAUAAGGGUGUUCCAUCUGGUGGAGAACCUGCGAUGGGGCUCAUGCGAGGGACGCGCCGUAACGCAUUUCCCAUGAUUGGAAUGAGGAAUAUUCCAAUUUCAGUGCCAAUGCCGAUGAUGACAGGCGCAGGAGUGGCAACAACAAUCGCACGAAUGUGCAAUGGUGUCAAACGAUUCUUACCGUUAAAAUUUAUUCGAUAA